CGAGGUAAACAUAGAAACAGCUUUAAUGACAGCAUCGACAGCGGUAGUACAGUGGAUUAAGUUAUUGGAGAAAUGGUAAUUUUUUUUUUCAGAAUGAACAUUUAGACAUAUCCUCAUUCUAUCUGAAUGUUCCGCAGUCAACUAGCUUGUGAUAGUGCCCAGCAAAGGAGCUUCCUGAUUGGUGGAUGAAUGUUCUGAGGACAUGCAUGUGGUGUAGAGAAAACCCAAGGCUGCCGCUGCUGCUUUGAACAUACUCACAUUUAAGCCUAAUGUUUCCUUUGCUAACAGUUCUGAGCAUGUUUUACUAUAUCUGCCUUCGGCGCCAAGCCAGGACAGGGACAAGAGGAGAGAUCAUGAACAGUCGGCAAGCCAUUGAAUCCAACCAGCGAACGCUACCUCACACUGUCGAAGUGGAACAGUAUGUCAAAGAAAUUGUCGACUUCAGUUCUCAUUAUGGCAGCGAGAACAGCAUGUCUUACACCAUGUGGAACUUGGCUGGGAUGCCCAAUGUCUACCCUAGUUCUGGCGAUUUCACACAGACAGCAGUUUUUAGGAUGUACGGUAAAUGGUGGGAGCAGUGUGCCAGUGCGCCCCAGCCCUUUCGAAGGACACCGGAUAGAUUUCACAGUCAGGACUAUGUAGAGCUGGCUUUUGAAGAUCCUGUUUACCCCACGUCCAUUGAUAUUCUUGAAACCUACCACCCCGGGGCUGUUAUUCGGAUCCUUGCCUGCUCACUCAACCCAUUCUCUCAGAAUCUACCAGCAGAAGUAAGAUGGGAGGAACUGUGGUCGGGAGAGCCGUCAAAAAUGGUCACACCUCAGGCUCGUCAGUUUUCACCACGCAUCAAGCAAAUAAACUUCCCUACCAACCUAAUACGUUUAGAAGUCAACAGCUCGCUGCUGGAAUAUUACGCAGAGCUGGAUGCUGUUGUUCUACGUGGAGUGAAGCAGAGGUCUUUACUGUCCCUGUACAAGAUGCCACUGAUAGAUAUCAACGAUUUAAGUGACAGCGACGAAGAAAAGGAUGCUUAUGAAGCAGAAAGACUACAUAAGCAAUGCCGAGACACAGGCAUUAAUGAACACACCAAUAAUGGUUACUUUGAUAAACUUCCCUACGAGUUGAUUCAGCUGCUUUUAGAUCACGUCACCCUCCCAGACCUGUGCAGGCUGGCACAGACCUGUAAGCUGCUGUACCAGCACUGCUGCGACCCCCUGCAAUAUAUCCAGCUGAGUUUACAGCCAUACUGGGCACGAGUGAACGACUCCGCUCUCGACCACCUGCAAUCGCGCUGCACCCUGAUUCAGAGACUCAAUCUGUCAUGGAGUGGAAACAGGGGAGCAAUCACUUUAGCGGGGUUCUGCAGGUUCUUGAAAGUGUGCGGUUCCCAGUUGGUGUGCCUUGAGUUGGCAUGCUGUCAUUUCCUGAAUGAGGCCUGUCUGGAAGUCAUUGCUCAGAUGUGCCCGAACCUUCAGGAACUGAACCUCUCCUCCUGUGACAGACUGCAUCCUCAGGCUUUCAGCCACAUUUCCAAACUGGUGGGCUUGAGACGUCUCAUACUGUAUCGCACAAAAAUUGAGCAAACAGCGCUGCUGAGCAUUCUGAAUUUUUGCACAGACCUUCGGCACCUUAACCUUGGCAGCUGUAUCAUGAUUGAGGAUUAUGACAUGAUUGCCAGCAUGAUAAGUGCAAAGAGCAAAAAUCUAAAAUCCUUGGAUAUCUGGAGGUGUAAAAACAUUACAGAGAAAGGCAUCACUGAGCUGGUGUCAGGGUGCAGGUUACUGGAAGAGCUGGAUCUCGGCUGGUGCUCCACUCUGCAGAGCAGCACUGGCUGCUUCGUGCAUCUGGCUCGCCACCUUCCAAAGCUGCGCAAGUUCUUUGUCACAGCAAACAGGACUGUGUGUGACACAGACAUAGAGGAGCUGGCAGCCAACUGCCCAAACCUGCAACAUCUAGACAUUCUGGGAACUAGAAUGGUGAGCCCAGCAUCAUUGAGAAAGCUGCUCCAGUCGUGCAAGGAUCUCCUCCUGCUCGAUGUGUCCUUCUGUUCCCAGAUUGAUACCCGAGUGGUGCAGGAGCUGACUGUCCAGUUUCCCAAAGUGUUCAUCAAAAAAAGCUUUACCCAGUGACCUCCUUGCCCCUGAAUAGCAAGUCUCAGGACGUGAAAGACAGAUCUUUGGAAGAUGUAGCAAAGUCCCUUGUUUCAUAUGGGUGCAGUGAGAUCAAUAUUAAAAUGUUUAAUGUGUAGCUGGUGUACUCAUGUGUACCAUAGGGCCCUAUUCACAAAGCUUUAACUUUGAGUUAUUUUAAUAAUGUUUUUAUAUUCAUUAAACUUAACAGCAGUAGACUGCUGUAACUCAUUCAGGACAAAGUAACCCCCAGAACUCAGGGUUUCCUUUUUUUCGUCUUUGUUUGGUUUUAUAAAUUAUGUUUUAGUGUAAUAUUCUUUUUUUUUAACUCAAUAAGCAUGACUUUGCUGAAGACAACAUAAAUCUGACUUGUGUACUAUAAAUUAUAAAAGCCUCUAUACCUUUAGAAUGCCAGAACAAUUGUCAUGAAGACUAAAAAAUAUUUUUCAUAGAUUCAAAAUAUAUUAUGGUGGAAAAUCAUAGAGUCUAUUCGUCUUCCAAUGGGAAAACUAUAAAGAAAUUUAACAGCUUUUUUUUCUGUGAUAAAUAUGAUGGAUGCAUUUUUCACAUUAUUUGUGCCUUAUAAUAAUGGUCUGUGUUAAUAAGGGUUGCCUCCUGUGAAGGUAAAAAGACUUCCCAUCUUAUGUUCUUGUGACAAAUCAAUAUUAGUUCUGCCAAAUAUGGAUUUUUGACAAGUAUAGGAGAAGCCUACAUUGUGAAAGUGCCAUGUCAUGUCAAGAUACACUGGAAUUGUAAUUUCUAGAAGCACACAAUAAUGUAGAAACUUGAUCUUGAUUAGUGCUUGUUUUUUCUUUCUUUUUUGUAGGACUGGGUUUAUUUAUGAGAAAACUAAAUAUAAAUUAAACAUUUUUGAUCACUCUAUAAUGGCAACUGGAUACAUAUUAGGAUUGAUUGAAUGUUUUUUUCUUCUUUUCUAAUUAUGUAGUGUUCUUUGUAUAUGGUGUGUGGUUUAUUUGUGCCAUGAAAUAAAUAAGUAUAAUUUUGAUUAAUAAAUAUAUAGAGAACUUGGAAACUCCAGUGAUGGUGCUUAAACAUCUUGUUUGCACUGAUAACUUAUUAUUUAAAACAUGUACAAGAUGUGUGCCUCAGCAUUAAAUAAGUAAACAUA